UCAGUGAUUUUAAGCGGGAAGGUUAUAACGAUAUCACAUUAUAUUUUUUUACUCGAAUUUUUAAUUAUCCCUAACAUGGGAAUUUUGAAUCUAUCCAAGUUAUUAGCCGACAUUGCUCCCAACGCAAUUAAAGAAAAUGAAAUUAAAAAUUAUUUCGGUAGAAAAAUAGCUGUAGAUGCUUCUAUGUGUCUUUACCAAUUCUUAAUUGCUGUAAGAAGUGAAGGAGCCCAACUAACAUCGGUUGAUGGAGAAACAACAUCCCAUUUAAUGGGAACUUUCUACCGGACAAUACGUCUUAUUGAGAAUGGAAUAAAACCAGUUUAUGUGUUUGAUGGAAAACCGCCUGAAAUGAAAUCAGGAGAACUUGGGAAAAGAGCCCAAAAACGUGAGGAGGCUCAAAAAGCGUUAGAUAAAGCAACAGAGGCUGGAAAUGAAGCUGAUAUUGAAAAAUUUAGUCGGAGGUUGGUUAAAGUUACUUCUCAUCAUGCUUUUGAAGCAAAGCAAUUAUUAUCUUUAAUGGGGAUUCCUUUUAUUGAGGCCCCUUGCGAAGCUGAAGCUCAAUGUGCGGCUUUAGUAAAAUCUGGAAAAGUUUAUGCUACAGCUACAGAAGAUAUGGAUGCACUUACAUUUGGUUCAACAGUACUUUUAAGACAUUUAACUGUUAGUGAAGCUCGUAAACUUCCAAUACAAGAAUAUCAUUUAGAUAGGGUUUUAGAUGAAACAGGUUUAAGUCAAAAACAGUUUGUUGAUCUUUGUAUUUUGAUGGGUUGUGAUUAUGUUGAUUCAAUAAGAGGAAUUGGACCAAAAAAAGCUAUUGAUCUAAUUAAACAAUAUAAAAGUAUCGAACAAAUUCUUGAAAGUCUUGAUCAUAAAAAGUAUCCCCCACCAGAAAAUUGGAAUUAUGAGGGUGCUAGACAACUUUUUGAGGAACCUGAUGUUAUGAAUACUGAUAUAAUUGAUUUGAAAUGGACAGACCCGGAUGAAGAUGGUUUAGUUAAAUUCCUUUGCGGUGAUAAACAAUUUAACGAAGAACGCGUUAGAAAUGGUGCCAAGAAACUUAUUAAGGCCCGAGGAACUACAACGCAAGGUCGUUUGGAUGGGUUUUUUAAAGUUUUAUCUACCACACCAAAAAGAAAAGCUCCAGAAAAGAAAGAAACGCCAAAUAAGCGGGGGAAAGCUAGUGCUGGAGGUAAAGGCAGAGGACGCCCUAAAUAAAAAACAUUUGGUGUUUAUAAAAAUGUAUAUUUGAAUCUAAACCUCGAGUAUUUCAUAAUUUUCUUAUUUAAGUUUAAUCAUCAUUUUGAAAGUGGGAAUAUAUUUCUUUGUUACUUUUCUUACUCUUAAAAAAAUAAUUAAAACAAUAAAAUUAAACA